AUGGCAACUUCAACCCCAUCUCUGGAAGCUAGAGGGACAGGUCACGGCAUCCAGGCCGAGAGAACCGCUGGGCCCAACCUCACUUCAUUACCUCCGCUGGACCCUCGACUCCCGACCCUAGGCCGGGCGCUCCCGGUUCGCUUGACUCGCCCUCCACGCCCAACAAACACUGCGGGAGCUACCCCGCCGUGCCGCCACUCCCGCGCAGCACACCUGGCGGGUACCGGGCCAGCUCGUGCUCAGAUUCAGGCUCCGAGCCCGCCGGACCCAGACCGAGCGUCCAGUCCCAGCUCCCAUAGUGCGCGGGCCCGAAGGGAUGAAGGUGGGCGUGGGCUCGGACUCAGGUCCUCACAGCCCGGACCUCCGGCCCGCUUCAUCCUCGGCUUCCGCUUCCGGGCCUGCUUCGUCUCCGAGCUUCUCUGA